CGCCCCCAGCACCAGCCCCAUGCCUCCAACCCCACAAUGUCUGUCUCAUCGCCCUUACGACAUACAUCGCGCGUGCUGCAGCCUUGGACAUGUUCAUCCUGCUCUCGAUUCGUCACUCGUCUUCCGCGCUCGAGCAGUUGCGGCAUCGUACCACCGCGAAGAUGCUUGAGCACCACGAAGGAGGCUAAGCAGGGCGCUGUGCCGUCAAUGGAUCAGAUGCACGCCCGAUAUAAAGAGAAGAACAGGACAACAAUGAACUACGUCUUCAGUAUCAUUCUCGGCACCGUAGCGCUUUCAUACGGAUCCGUACCUAUGUAUAAGAUGAUUUGCCAGACCACCGGCUGGGGCGGUCAGCCCAUCAAAUCCGCAGCGCACGCCGACUCCUCCAUCGACCCCUCAGAGCGCCUCAAGCCUGUAGAAUCACACCCUCGAAUCCGAAUAACCUUCAAUGGCUCCGUGUCGGACGUCUUGCCCUGGAAAUUUGUCCCACAACAGCGCGAAGUCCGCGUCCUACCCGGCGAGACCGCUCUCGCCUUCUAUACCGCGACCAACAAGUCAGACGAAGACAUUAUCGGCGUAGCCACUUACUCGGUCACCCCUGGACAGGUUGCGCCAUACUUCAGCAAGAUACAAUGCUUCUGCUUCGAGGAGCAGCGAUUGAAUGCUGGGGAGACCGUGGAUAUGCCCGUGUUCUUCUACAUUGAUCCGGAAUUCGUGAACGAUCACAACAUGAACGGGAUUGAGACUGUCACUUUAAGCUAUACUUUUUUCAAAGCGAAGUAUGACAAGGACGGCCAUUUGAGGCCAGUACCAAUGGCCUAGAGCGCAGGACAUGGGGCUUGUAUAUUAUGUACCAUGUAUGAGAGCACGGUGGCGCCUGAAUUAUGGUCGAGCCCAGAACGCGAUUGGAUCUAGGCAUGAUUAAAUCAAAUAGAAAAUAUUGUGUAUUG